GAGGCCACGCACAGGAGAAUGAAGGAGCGUCAGGAGCUGCUGGACCAUGAGAUGGCUCGGCUGCUGCAGGAGCUGGAGCAGCAGGACAAGGGCUGGGGGGCCGUGCUCUUGGGUGCCCUGCAGCAGUGGCCAUUUUGGGUCCUUGCUGGAGGUGUGCUCCUCUUGGGCCUGUGGUUUAGCUGCAGGAGAAGGAGCUGUGAGGCCAGCAGCAGUGGCAAGGACCAGAACUCCUGCAAGACCUUGGGAGAUGACAGAGGAAGACAACUGGAAGAAGACAGCUAUGAUUCAGAAGAAGAUGGAAAAAGCACUGAUGUGACUGUGGAGGCAGUCAACGGCAGCGGUGGAAAGGACAGAGACCUACACAAAGAAAAUGAAGGAGGAAGGAAGGAUGUACAGGUGGAGGAAGACAAGGAUGCUGGAAAGGAAGAAGAAGGAGAAGGAAAUGAAGAGAAAACCAUUGGUGGGAACAUGAAGGCGGGCAACAAUGAUGACGUAAAUGAAGGUGAAGACAGCGUGAAUGGACCUGGACAAUACACAGAUGUCACGGUGCAGGAAAGCAGUGAUGCCAAUGAACAGAGAAGCAGGGAUUGCACUGCGCAGGGAGAUAGCAGAGAUCAUGGGAAUGAAGCAGGCCAUAGUGGUGUUGCUGCAAGUGAGGAAGAAAAUAAGGAAGAUAUAGAAGAUGGCAGUGAUAGAAACAAGGAUGAAGAACAGGAUGAUGUGAAUGUGGAGGCAAACAAGAAGGAGGAUAGAAAAGAAGACAAACAAGGUAAUGUGCCUGUCCGUGAAAAAGAAGACAGUGAUGGUGGCAAGGAAGAAAGUGGCAGUGGUGGAAUGGAAGACAGUGAAAAGCCCGGAGAUGCUGGGAAUGAGCAAGGCAUCCUUUUAGUGGACCGCAUAGAGUGGCCUGUGGAGGAUCUGGAGAGAGACUGCUCAGUGAUAGCUGAGCUGAUGGACAGCUUGACGCAUGUCUUUGUGGACAGCGUGAGCAAUAGCUUCUACCCAGUGCCUCAAGAAGCCAUCGGGGUGGGCAGUGCCUUUGAGGGUUGGAGUCCCCGGGACUGGGAUGGCGUGUACCGUGUGCUGGUCCCGCUGAAUGCCCCACCAGGGCACGCCUUCCAGCUGGAGCUGAACAGUGCAGGGCAGGUGGCAGCAAGGACCUUCAGCGUCCGUGUGGAGCUGGUGUGCACGUGCGAGAAGGAGCAGCUGGGAGAGGAGCCGUUGUGCUUCCUGCACCACUCGCGGAUGGAGCUGUGGCGGAAGCAGAAGCGCAGCCUCCUAGGGACACUCUGCACCAGCUCCUACCUGGACGUGGGAAAAACCUCCCACUGGUUCUGCCAGUUGGUGAGAGGCUCGUGGCUGCAAGUGCCUCAGUGGCACUCAUGGCACUUGGUGCUUCAGCCCUGCAGCCGGUCCUGCCGAUUGCAGCUGAGCAAAGGCAGGAGGAGCCUGAGGGUGGAGAUGCUCUUUGGGGUGCGCCAAGGGGACUCCGACAUCUUUGUGGUCAGCCAGCCCACAGAGGCCCAGAAAGGCGGCUCCAGCAUCUUUGUGAGCAGCCAGCCCACCAAGGCCAACAUCAUUGCAAGCACAGCGUGGCCCGAGACAUAUGCAGUGGCAGAGGUGAAAUUCUUCCGGCACAUCGCCAGGCAGCUGCCAUGUGAGAUCUUGCACCUGAAAUGCCUGCAGCUCUUCACCUGCAUCCUGAGGGACACAGGUUUUUCCAGCUCUACCUGGAAGACUGUGGUCAUGCAUGUGCUGACCACAGUACCGCUGUUCCGGUGGCACAGGAGCGCAUUUCCACGGCGGCUCUGGGAUGUCAUGGCAUACCUGGACCGCUGCCUGAAGCAGACACGCCUGGAGCACUUUGUGCUAGGCAGUGAGAGGCUUCCUGCAGAGAUCAGCUUGCCGCCGGCAAUGCGAGGGGUUGAGCCACCCAACCUCUUUGAGCACCUGGCCCGAGAUCCGGCCGCCCUCAGAGAGGCAAUGCAAGCUUAUGGUCGGCUGCGAUAUCGCCUCUGGGUGCUGCUCUCCAGCCUCUGAGAGGAGUUCCCUGCACUGAGCUGUGCUGGGAUGGUCACACCCAAUGGCAGCCACCUGAACUCUGCAUAACUGCUGCAUUUGUCACUGGCAAUCCUGAAGCUGCUUUCCUGCUCCUGCGUAAGGAUGAUGCUGCAGCACAUGGAUUGCUUGUGCCAACACAUCUCUGAGUGGCCUUGCCCAUCACCUUACUGUUCCAAUGGUUCUGUUGACCAAAUGUGUGAGACAGAAACUGGCUCCACGUGCACAUCCUAACAGAAGACACUGAAGUUGAGAGAGGUUUCUUGGAGCACCUCGAAGAUAGCAACCUAGCCUGUUUAUGGGCUUAAUGUGGUUAAUUAGUUGUAGCUGUAGGCUUUUGUUGUAGUCGUAACUGUAACUGUCACUGUAGCUCUUGCUGUAGUUCUUGCAGCUAUAGCUGUAGC